AUGCGUCCCCUCUCGCUGACAAGUGGGCCCCGCGGCGAUGAAGCCAUACCUUCUGAUGCUCUGGAACCCAUUGCUAUUGUUGGCCUGGCGACCCGUUUUCCGCAGCAAGCAACGACCACCGAGAGCCUGUGGGAGCUUCUCCUGCAGGCCCGUUCGACGUGGUCCUCGAUACCCAAAGAACGUUUCAACUCGGAUGCCUUCUAUCAUCCAGACCCCGAGCAUGGUGGAACAUUUCAUGUCCAAGGAGGUCACUACCUCUCAGAAGACCCUGCCUACUUCGACGGCUCCUUCUUCAACAUCACCAAGAAUGAGCUCUUGACACUAGAUCCACAGCAACGGCUGGUUUUGGAAAAUGUAUACCACGCCUUGGAAAAUGCAGGCAUUCCCUUGACCAGUGCUGUGGGCUCCAACACAUCUGUUUUUGUCAGUGGGUUCAAUCACGACUACCUGGGUAUCCUCAAUUCAGACCCAGAGACCACUUUGAAAUACAAGCCAACAGGUGUUACCAAUGCCAUUCUGUCCAACCGUGUCAGCUGGUUCUUUGACUUCAAAGGACCUAGUAUGACCAUUGACACGGCUUGUUCCAGCAGCUUGGUGGCGCUGCACCUCGCUGUACAGAGCUUACGUGCCAGAGAGACGAGCAUGGCUGUCGUCAGUGGUGUGAGCAUUCUUGAAAAUCCGGUGGAAACAAUCGGCAUGAGCCACCAUGGCUUGUUGGGACCCCAAGGGCGGUCUUUUAGCUUCGACUCCCGUGCUGAAGGCUAUGCACGAGGAGAAGGUGUGGGGACACUUGUAGUGAAGCCUUUGAGUGCUGCCAUCAGAGAUGGAGAUACUAUUCGUGCGGUUAUCCGGGAGACCGGAGUCAACCAGGAUGGCCGCACGCCAGGAAUCACAGUUCCCAGCGCAGAUGCGCAAGAAAGAUUAAUUCGUGAAGUCUACUGGAGAGCCGGCCUGGACCUCGAACACACAAGAUUUGUUGAAGCCCACGGCACGGGAACAAGUACCGGUGACCCAAUCGAAGCGGGUGCUCUUGCGAGUGCGUUCAAAUGUCGCCGAGCGACUCCGCUUUACGUCGGCGCGAUCAAGUCUUCCAUCGGACAUCUGGAAGGUGGCUCAGGUGUGGCAAGCAUUAUAAAAUCUAUUCUGACCCUUGAGUCUGGGAUCAUACCUGCAAACUUCGAUAUGAAGCAGACAAACCCCUCCAUUCCCGCAGCGGACCUGGGCAUUGCGUUCCCUACCGAGGCUCUUCCAUGGCCAUCAGCAGGGCUGCGCAGAGUGUCAGUCAAUUCAUUUGGAAUUGGUGGCACCAAUGCUCACUGCAUUCUUGAUGAUGCUUACCACUAUCUCAAUGACCGUCAUCUUACAGGUGCCCAUCGAACCACAUGUACUGUUCCUACAACCCAGAAAAUUAAGACCCGGCUUUUAGCACUGUCCAGAUCAGGAACAGCAUCAACUCAUCUCGCGACGGACUCAUUCGAUGACAGCGAUCAAUCUGGGCAUGGAAGUACCUUUGUGGACACGCCCACAAGCGAUGGCUUUUGUACAUCGCCCACAUUCACAUCCUCAAUAUACACCAGCUUGGUUGAGAAACCAAAGAUGUUCUUGCUCUCGGCUUUCGACGAAGACGGCGUCAAGCGAAAUGCAGCUGAAUUUGCCAAGUACUUGAAUCGGAGAUUGAAGCAGUCAGUUCUCCAUGAUCAUAUACUUGAUGAUCUCUCUUUCACUUUAUCGAAGAGACGGUCUCAGUUUCACUGGAGGAGCUUCGUUAUGGCCUCAUCGGCCAAAGAACUUGCGUGGAACCUGUCGGAAUCAAAUUUUGCCAAGCCAACUAGAACUGCCAGAGUGCCAGAGGUUGGAUUUGUUUUCACGGGCCAGGGAGCUCAAUACCAGGCCAUGGGUCGAGAGCUCAUGGUCUACCCCGUUUUUCAAGAGUCCGUGGAGGAAGCAUCGGACUAUAUCCGCCGGCUUGGUAGUCCGUGGUCGCUACUUGACGAACUAUUGACUGAAAGACAGUCACCCCGGGUCAACUUGCCAGAGAUCGCUCAUCCACUAUGCACAGUCCUGCAAAUUGCAGUCGUGGAUCUCUUGGCCAGUUGGGAAAUCUACCCAAAGCAUGUAACGGGUCAUUCAUCCGGGGAGAUAGCUGCCGCUUACUGUUCUGGCAAACUAUCCCGUGAAGGUGCCUGGAAGGUCGCAUACUACCGUGGAUACGUAUCAUCCAUGCAGCUUUCCGCAAAUGGAGCGAUGAUGGCCGUGGGUCUCGGUGCAUCUCAACUGCAGCCCUAUCUAGACUCUGUCAGGAAGAACAACACCGGGGAGCUCAUAAUUGCCUGCCAUAACAGUCCCAAGAAUAACACUGUGUCUGGAGAUGACGCCAUGAUUGACUGCCUCAAGAGCCUCCUCGAUGCUGAUGAUAUCUUUGCUCGAAAGUUGAACGUCAAAAAUGCUUAUCACUCGGCCCACAUGCAUGCAAUUGCCCAAGAUUAUCUUCGUCUGAUGGGAACGCUUCCUCACGGAAGGCGGCUGGCAGCUCCACAUCAAAUACAUAUGUUUUCCACCGUGACAGGACAACAAGUAAAGGAGGAACAUCUGCCAGCUCAAUACUGGGUAGAUAAUAUGGUUUCUCCUGUUCUUUUUACAAGCGGAUUGGUUGCGAUGACAUCGAAUCGAAUUUCCAGUGAUUGCUCCGCCGACUCCACGGAUUCUUUGCGCUUUCUUGUGGAGAUAGGGCCUCACUCAACCCUGCAGAGUGCCAUCAAAGAGACACUGGACUCAAAGAGCCCCCGGUUGGAAUUCAAAUACCUGGCAAUUCUGAAACGGACAGAUCACAGCCUGAACACUCUACUUACUACAGUCGGCUUCCUAGCAUCAAGUGGAUGUGAAUUGGAUUUCCAUGCUGUGAAUCAAGCUUCUCGCUCUAAGACAAGAAGGCAGCCCAGGUUGUUGGUGGACCUGCCACCAUACAGCUUCAAGCAUACUGAGAAGAUCCUAUUUGAGAGUCGACUGAGCAAGAAUCUUCGAACUCGAAAGUUCCCUCGCCAUGACCUUUUUGGUGCGCCAAUCACGGAUUGGAAUCCUACUGCUCCUAGAUGGAGACAUUUUGUCCGAUUAAACGAGAAUCCCUGGCUAAGGGAUCAUAUGGUCACUGGCAAUUACGUUUAUCCCGGCGUGGGUUAUCUGGUUAUGGCAAUUGAAGCGUCAAGGCAGUUGGCCGGCGGAGCAAAGAUCACUGGUUUCCAACUCCGAAACGUCAACAUCAGAAGAGCUUUAAUUGUACCCGAUACCAAAGAAGGUAUUGAAGUCUCCUUGGCGAUGGCAACUGUCGAUGACCCCUCGACGUCAUCGCGAAUGUGGCGGCGGUUCCAGAUAACUUCUUACAAUCCGUCGAGCGAUGAGUGGACAGAGCACUGCAGUGGACACAUCACCGUCGACCAAGAAACAGCUUUGAACCCAGUGGACAAUGGCCGAGAAGCAGAAGAAGAAAGCCGAGCACGGGAAUCAGAACUUUCCUGCGCAAAUGAGAUAUGCACCAAAUCUAUGGCCUUCAAAUCCACAUACAACAACCUCCAGACAUCCGGCCUCAAUUUUGGUCCUUUGUUCCGAAACCUCAGCGAUGUUCGUGCAAGUGGUCGUGGGCUUGGCAAGGUUGUUGGAUCAGUGACGGUCCCAGAAAUUGCACUGUCUAUGCCAAAGCAGUAUCUGCAUUCUCAUCUCAUCCAUCCUGCCACAAUGGAUAGCAUGAUCCAUUUGAUGAUUGCGGCUGUUCUCGACUUUACUAGCAAGUCAACCCUAGAUCAAAUCAGAUUACCAACUUUCAUACGCGAUGUCUGGGUUUCAGCGGAUCUAAAUUCAGCCCCAAGCCACAAGUUCACAGGACAUGCAACCAUUUCUACAGUGGGAUCUGAUAAAUUCGAGGGCCAAAUUCAAAUGCUGGAUGAGGGAACAAACACACAUCGCAUCCGCAUGGAUGGCAUCGAACUCACUCCACUCGAGUCUGGCCUUGCUGAAAUUAGUGAGCGAAAAUUAUGCAGCGCAAUCGAAUACAAGCCAGACGUUCAUUUAAUCGACUCAAAAUCGGCUUGUGCACUGACUAAUCUCGAUGUUACCAAUGAAAACGAGGCGCUGUACUGGGUCAAGCGUCUUCAACUUGCAACGAUGCUCUACGUCAUGGAUGCACUGGACGAGCUCAAGGACAUUGAUGUUAUGAAACUCGAUUUGCACAUGCGAAGAUUCUUUGACUGGAUGAACCACAUGCAAGGCAUGCUCAAGCGCAAUGAGAUAAUACACCUGCCCUACAGCGAAUUCCAGGAUAUUUUCAAAGACGAGGCUCUCAAGGAAGCCAUUGGGAAUGAGAUAGAGGCCCACAGCGCCGAAGGUGCCAUCACAGCCCGAAUGGGCCGCAAUAUUGCUCAGGUUGUGCGCCAGGAGACUGAUCCGCUGGAUCUCAUGUUCGGUCAGGACGCUGUGAUGGAAAAGGUGUAUAAGGAAGGCCUCCACUUGUAUAACCUGCCGCAGCAUCUACAGAACCACCUUUCUCUCCUCCGACACCAGCAUUCUGGGCUGAACGUUCUCGAGAUUGGCGGUGGUACUGGCAGCUUCACUGCUGAGGUCCUGGCCGUCCUUUCGCCAGACCUUGCGAAGAGCAAAGGAAACAUUGCCAGCUAUACAUUCACGGAUAUCUCAUCAGGCUUUUUCGAGAAAGCAAAACAACGUUUCCAAUCAUGGUCCGAUAUCAUGAACUUCCAAUCUCUCAACAUAGAGCGAAGCCCUGUCGACCAAGGACUUCAGCUGGGGACAUAUGACUUGAUAUUCGCUGGCAAUGUCAUCCAUGCCACUGCAAACCUACAAAAUGCGUUGCAGAACCUGCGAUCUCUAUUGAAGCCGGGGGGUCAGCUCAUCAUGCAAGAAGGUAUCCGACAAGAUUUCCUUUGGUAUCCACUCGUUUUUGGUCAGCUUCCCGGGUGGUGGCUUGGUGAUGAGCCGUGUCGAAAAUGGUGUCCCUAUAUCCCGGCCAAAGAAUGGGAUCCUCUGCUGCUACAAUCGGGAUUCUCGGGAAUUGAUAUCGAGUAUCCCAGUUCGAAUGAUCCAGAUUUGACGUGGCAGAGUAUCUUAGUUGCUUCUGCCAUUGAAACACCCAAGGAGAAGUCACCGAACACUGCAGUUAUCUUGACGCUCGGCACAUUGAAAGCUAUGCAGGUCGUUGAGAAGCUGAAAGGACUUCUGCCGAAACUGGGAUACACUGAUGUUCGUGUUAAGAAGCCUACAGAAGUGAAAAAUUUCAUCCUGCCGGAUGCCCUUUGCAUCUCAUUGAUUGACUUGGAGUCUACCUACCUGUUCAAUAUGAACGAAGAAGAGUACAACAGACUGAAGAAGAUCCUCAGCGAGUGCCAGAACCUACUGUGGGUCACCUGCAAUCCCCUUGAACAGCCACACGCAAGCAUGAGCCUCGGCCUUCUCCGGACAGUGCGCUGGGAGCGGGAUGCCGAUGGCUCAAAUAUCGUCACCUUGACAGAGGCGGAGCCAGACACCGCUUCACCAGAAAAUCUCGCUACAGCUGUUGACAAGAUUAUCAAACGGCAGUUUGUGGACAAGCCGGAGAAUGAUCGCCACGCCGAGUACAUGCUGCAGAAUGGUCUCAUACACAUUGGCCGUUUGAACGAGUGGGAGGCAGCAGAUCAGUUCCUUACUGCAACAUCCUCUCAGCAAGCUCCUCAGCUUCAACGUCUCGGUGAUUAUGGCACUCCCAUUGUGUUACAAGAGGCUGCUGCUAGCACCGGGGAAUAUAAUUGGGCCAUAGAGCAUGAUGAAGCGCAUCAAGCCACCGAAGUCGAGGUUGAGAUCCGAGCAAUUGGCCUCUCUUCAGAUGCUUUGACUGGCCGUCUCGCGAAUGAGAUCGCUGGUGUUGUGAGAAAGGUUGAGUCCGAUGUUGAGGGCCCGGCCCUGGGUGACAGAGUCAUCUAUAUUUCAGGCGACAAAAAGGGUGGUUGCAUUCGAACACAUGGUCGAGCUGAUCAACUGCAGCUUGUCAGAAUUCCCGAUGAGAUCUCGUUCGAAGUCGCAGCCGGUUUGGCUUGGGCGUACGCAACAGCAAUUCAAGGACUUGGAAAAAUAGCUCAUCUGGAACCCGAAAACACUGUCCUGAUCCACACGAAUGCAACGGAUACAAGUCAAGCGGCUAUUCACUAUGCCCAGAUGAUCGGAGCUACAAUCUAUGCUACUGUGGCAACGGUCGAAGAACGUGAUCUGCUUGUCUCCGAAUAUGGCAUUCCUCAAGACCGCAUCUUCUCUAGGAGAGAGCUGAGCUUCGUCAAGGGCAUCAUGCGGUGCACGAAGAAUACUGGGGUUGACGUCGUCUUCAGCGCACUGCACGGCGAGGCACUCCGGGGGUCAAUGGCAUGCCUUGCUUCCUUUGGAACAUUCGUUGAUGUGGCAGAUCUAGAUCUGCGAGCUGAUACUACAGUCGAGCUGGCCUGUGUACCUCGAAAUGCGAGCGUCCAUACCAUUGACAUUUCUUUACUGGCUCAACAUCGACCGAAAUUGGUUCGUCUUCUGAUCACCGAGGCUCUGAAACUAUACUCCGAAGGGAAGAUCGGUCAACUCCGAACAACAACUAUCAUGGACUUUACCCAGAUCAAAGAAGGUAUUCGAGCCGCGCAGAGUGGAGAAGCAGCAAAGGUUGUGAUUGCACCCAAUCCGUCCAACAUGGUUCCUGUGAUCCCACGACCAAUGAGGCCGUGUCACUUUGACCCAAGCGCCUCAUACGUUCUUGCUGGUGGCUACGGCGGCUUGGGCCGCAGUCUAGCACGAUGGAUGGCAUCUCGCGGUGCAACGAGCCUGAUUAUCCUAUCUCGCUCACCAGCUUCAAGCCCAGAGAAGAUGGAAUUGAUUGCUGAUCUCGACAGAAUGGGAUGCAAGGUUCAUUCGCUAGUCUGCGAUGUCACCGAUAUCUCUAGUCUCCAGCAAUUGUCCGGAGAAGCUUGCGCCAGUCUACCUGCUAUCAAAGGAUGCAUCCAGGCAUCAAUGGUUCUACGAGACGGUGCCUUUGCCGGAUUGUCCUUCGAAGACUGGCAAGCAGCCGUCAGACCCAAAGUCCAAGGAUCCUGGAACCUGCACACAAUCCUCCCCGACAACAUGGACUUCUUCAUCAUGCUCUCCUCGGUCGCAGGCAUCUUUGGCAACCGCGGACAAUCAAACUACGCCGCAGGCAAUACCUUUCAAGAUGCACUCGCCGCCUACCGCGUCUCGAAAGGAAUGAAGGCGGCCAGCAUCAAUUUGGGCAGUGUAUCUAACGUGGGCUGGGUUGCCGAGAACCGAAGCUCGAUGCGCACACACACAGCGACGUUAUUCGAGCUUCUCCGCGAAGAAGAAGUCCACGCAACAGUUGACUUCCUCGUCCGCGAUCAGCAAGACGGUGGUAACGCGUCAGCGCGCUCACAGCUCGUCCUCGGUCUACCGACCGCGGAGAUGUGUCGCCAGAACGGCGUGCCGCUGCCUACGUACUUGAACUACUCGAUGUUCACGCAAUUCCGGAAUACAACAACUGCGAAGAGCAGCGAGGUCUCGCAGCAGAAGAUUGUGAGCACCGCUGCGCUUUUGUCGGCGGCUUCGGGCUUUGAGGCUGCAGUGUCGAUUGUGUCGGAUGGGAUUGUUGGGAGGCUUGCUUCUCUGCUUGCUAUCCCCUGUUCUGAACUCGAUGCUCAGCGCUUUGGAUUUGGUGGUAUUGACUCUCUUGUUGCUAUGGAGUUCCGCGCUUGGAUCGUUAAGGAGCUCAAGGCGGAUGUUUCUUUGCUUGAUAUUAUGGGAGCGGAGAAUGUCAGGGCUUUGAGUGAGAAGAUUGCUGGCAGGAGUCGGUUGAUUGGAGGCCCUGGUUCUUGA